AUGAAGAAGGAAUAUUAUUUUAUUUUCAAUGAAGGCAGCCGGAUUAACCAAGUGAUAUGUGCUAUACUUAUAAACAUACCAGUAUUUGUGUAUGGUACGGCUAUAGGAUGGAUGUCGCCUAUGACACUGUUACUGCAGUCAAAAGACUCCCCUAGAGGUGAACCGCUGACGGACAGUGAGGUAUCUUGGAUGGCAUCUGCUGCGUACCUUGUGUGUAUACCAGCAGAUGUAUUAAUGGCUUUUAUUGGAGAUAGAAUUGGAAGGAAAAAUGCAACAUUUAUAUUAUCAGCGACAGGUAUCGCUAGUUGGGCAAUCAAAUUAUCAUCAAUGAAUACUUGGGCUUUUAUCCUGGCCCGUUCGCUUGUCGGUGUCUUAAUGGGAGGUGCCUAUGUCAUCUGUCCUCUAUACACCAAAGAGAUUAGUGAAGAUGCAGUUCGAGGCAUGCUUGGGUGCAUGGUAAUCCUGUUUCACACUACGGGCAAUUUGUUUUUAUAUAUAAUAGGUGAUUAUUUUAACUAUAAUACCAUACUAUGGAUUUGCAUUUCGUUACCUUUAAUUCACCUGGUGCUAUUCAUGAUGAUGCCUGAGUCGCCGUCCUAUUUGUUGAAGAAAGGCUAUAUUGAGAAAGCUACAAAGGCAUUAGCAUGGCUCAGGUGCCGCAGAGAGGACGAUAUAAUGGUACUAAAUGAAAUUGAGGAACUUAAAAGAGAGCAAUCAAGAGAUGAUGGAAGCAGCAAAUUUGUUAUGAAAGCCAUUUUGACCGAUAAGAUUCUGUUUAGAGCUUUCAGAAUAGCUCUAAUAAUAACUUUAGCUCGCGAAGUUUGCGGUGCCAUCCCUGUACUCAACUUUGCAGCAGAGAUUUUCGCUUUAGCGUCAGAAAACACUGGCCUUGUACUGUCACCUAAUCAACAGGCUAUGAUGCUAGGAGCGGUGCAAGUUAUUGGAUCUGUAAUGACAUUUGGAUUAGUGGAGAAACUUGGAAGAAAGGUUCUAUUGAUUAUAACAUCCCUAAUAUCAGGUUUGAGUAUGUGUGCGCUUGCGUCUUGGUUUUUGGUACGGGCGUAUGGUGUAUACGCACCAUCUUGGCUACCCAUUGUUUCUUUGUGUAUCUGCAUAUUCUGUGAUGCCUUUGGUUUGCAACCCAUAUCCGUGGUACUAAACGCAGAGUUGUUUUCCUUUAAGUACCGCGGUACUAUCAUGGGGGUGACAAUGGCGGUGGCUUCUACCGUCGACUUCUUGCAAAUGUUAUUUUUUAAGAAAGUCAUGAAUAGUAUUGGGCCUUACGUCGCUUUUUACUUUUUCGGUGCAGUUUGUCUACUUACUGCUGUUUAUACAAUUAUUUCAAUACCUGAAACUAAAGGCAGAAAUCUAAACGAGAUUUAUGAAGACUUGAAGACGAAGAAAGAGAAAAGAUUGGAAGCAGUAACAUGA